UUUUUAAGGUCUGGGGAGAACAGUAAAUCGUGUCUUCCUCGGAGGGGUUAAGCGUAAAAUACCCUUUUCGUUGUAAUAAUUCUCAUCAUAAUAACUUAAUUCGCGAUCGCGACUCAAUUCACUUUCUUCUGCUGAAGCCGAAACAUCAGUUGUUUUCUUUGAAAUUUUUCGAUAAAUGGCGAACAGAGUUCCGAUCCGCACAACCAGCUCAGCACUCAUCGCCAUGAUCGCUGAUGAGGAUACAAUUACUGGAUUUUUGCUGGCUGGAGUUGGCAAUGUUGAUUUGAGGAGGACAACAAAUUAUCUCAUUGUGGACUCAAAAACUACAGUGAAACAGAUUGAAGAUGCUUUCAAAGAAUUCACAACAAGGGAAGAUAUUGCAAUUGUGUUGAUCAGCCAAUAUGUUGCAAACAUGAUAAGGUUUUUAGUGGAUAGUUACAACAAACCUAUUCCGGCAAUUCUGGAAAUCCCGUCCAAGGACCAUCCGUAUGAUCCUGCACAUGACUCUGUUCUUUCGCGAGUGAAGUACCUCUUCUCAACUGAGUCGGUGGCAUCUGGAAGGCGUUGAAUUGUUGCAGAGAAUAAUAAGUGCUCUAGUGCACUAUUCCUUCACAUGCUGCUGUUGCCUUCCUUCAAGUUAUUGGUCUCUAGUUACUUUUCUUGGAUUAAAUUAUUAUUUAAACAGGGAAGAUUAUCUUUCGUUUGAUUGUUAUCGAUUAGCUGGAAUGGCUGUUGGGAGUCUAUAUUUAGCAAAUAAAUGUAAUACGUUUCCUUCCAAAUAAUCUAGUGAUCAUUAAGAUUAAAUGUAUAAAUUUGAAUGAUUA